UUCCCUGCCUGUGAUUAUUGAAGGGGAGUGGUGCUCUCAGAGCUCUCCCUGUAAAGAGGCAGCCUGCAGUGACGACUCGCAUUUAAAAAGCAUUCCAGUAUAAAUUCAUUGUUCCACCUCCUCAUCCUCACAUCUCUCUUCUCUUCCUCUCUGCGCGUUCGCGUCCACACCAGGCUGGGGAUUCUAACGCAGCCGGUGAAUGACUCCUGCGCCCUGACGCAGCCGGUGAAUGACUACUGCGCUCCGGCGCAUCCUCUUCUGCUCCAUCCCCAGCCAAAGGAAAGGGGGCACUGCAGCCAGUCUCUGAGCGCAAGGAGUUAACGCAUCCUGCAAUACAUAGGAUAACAGCUGUGUGAUCACAGGGCUUUUGCGUCCAGCCCUGAUUGUAUGCUGCUGAGUGGAUCCCUGCAUGGAAUGAGCCACCUCCUGCAAGCUGCUGUUUCAAAGAAAAGUUUACACCGGUCUCUGCGCUUCUGUUGACAGUUUGUUCCCGGCUGAUUCAUCCCAGACUAGUUCUGUGUUAUUUUCCUCUCUCUUCUUCUCUCUGUUUCCAGUUUCCAGGGGAACAAUGGUGCUGGUCCUGCUGGUGCUACUGGUUGGCGAGUUGCACUUUGCUGCUGCCGCUGCUGUGUCUAACAAGACUGCAGACUCCAAGCUAGGAGAGCCACCUGCUCCUUCUAAGCAUCACCCUUCAUCCCAGCACCAGAGGAGGAGUGGGAUAGUGCAGAACAUUGACCAGAUCUAUGCUGGAGGAGGGAAAGUGGGCUACAUCCUCUAUGCAGACGGCAAGAAGUUUAUUUUGGACUUGGAGAGGGACGACCUCCUGCUCUCCCCCCACUUCAGCACCAAGUACCUGGGACGUGUGCAUCCUCAGCAUCGUUUUCACAAGCACUGCUUCUACAGGGGGACGGUGGACUCUAGCCCACAGUCCCUGGCGGUGUUCAACCUGUGCGGGGGUCUGGAUGGCUAUUUUGCAGUCAAGCAUGCUCACUAUACCAUUAAGCCUCUCAUUAAGGGCAAGGCAGGGCUUGGGCAGGUGUACAGAGACGGGUCAGAGAGGGUUCUCCAUGUGUUCAUCAAGGAUCGCUUCAGCUUUGAGACUGUGCAGAGCAGAGCCAGCUGCGAGACGCGUGGCUCUGCCAACCACGUCCACAAGCAUGGCCAUGGUCUCAGGAGGCACCACAGGGGUCACCACUGGGACCAGCAGAGACCCAACCAGACCCAAUCUACUGACCCCCAACUCAAGGAGACUUUAUCCCAGGGGACUACAUUAAAGAGGCGCCAGAGGAGGUCCAUCUCAAAGUCCAGGCAUGUGGAGCUGCUCCUGGUGGCCGAUGAGUCCAUGUCCAAGAAGUAUGGGAAGGACCUCCACCACUAUCUGUUGACCUUGGCUUCCAUCGCUUCCCGGCUGUACAGUCAUCCAAGCAUUGAGAACCACAUCCGCUUGGCAGUGGUGAAGGUGGUGAUGGUGACGGACAAGGAGAAAGGGCCGGAGGUGAGCAAGAACGCGGCCACUUCACUCAAGAACUUCUGCAAGUGGCAACAUCAGCACAAUCAGCUGGAUGACGAACACGAUCAGCACUACGAUGCGGCAAUCCUCUUCACCAGAGAGGACUUGUGCGGACAUCAUUCUUGUGAUACCCUUGGAAUGGCAGAUGUGGGGACCGUGUGUUCCCCCGAGCGCAGCUGUGCGGUAAUUGAAGAUGACGGGCUCCAUGCAGCGUUCACCGUGGCUCAUGAAAUCGGACAUCUCCUUGGACUUUCCCAUGACGAUUCUAAAUUCUGUGAGGAGAACUUUGGCUCCCAGGAAGAUAAACGCCUGAUGUCAUCUGUCCUAACGAGCAUUGAUGCCUCCAAACCGUGGUCAAAGUGCACUUCUGCGACAAUCACUGAUUUCUUGGACGACGGCCACGGAAACUGUUUGCUAGACCAACCCAGAAAUCAGAUCUUGGGACCUGAGGAGCUGCCAGGACAGAGUUAUGAUGCCAUCCGCCAGUGCAAGCUUGCCUUUGGGCCUACGUAUACGGUGUGUCCUGGGAUGGAUGUUUGCUCAAGGCUAUGGUGUGCAGUUGUCCGCCAGGGUCAGAUGGUUUGUUUGACAAAGAAACUGCCAGCUGUGGAGGGGACACCAUGUGGAAAGGGAAGAAUAUGUCUGCAUGGCAAGUGCGUUGAUAAGACCAAGAAGAAAUACUAUUCGGUUUCCAGCCAUGGCAAUUGGGGUUCCUGGGGUCCAUGGGGACAAUGUUCACGUACGUGUGGUGGAGGAGUUCAGUUUGCCUAUCGUCACUGUAAUGACCCUGCCCCGAGAAACAGCGGUAGAUACUGCACAGGAAAGCGCGCCAUAAACCGAUCGUGUAACGUUAACCCCUGUCCCUCUAACGCCAAAUCCUUCCGACAGCAGCAGUGUGAGGCCAGGAACGGUUAUCAGACCGACGCAAAGGGUGCAAAGAACUUUGUGGAGUGGUUCCCCAAGUAUGCGGGGAUCCAGGCCGGAGAUGUCUGUAAGCUCAUAUGCCAAGCAAAAGGAACAGGAUACUAUGUUGUCUUUUCACAAAAGGUGACCGAUGGCACUGAGUGUAGACCGUACAGCAAUUCUGUAUGUGUCAAGGGAAAAUGUGUCCGCACAGGGUGUGACGGGAUUAUAGGAUCCAAGCUUCAGUUUGACAAAUGCGGAGUUUGCGGAGGAGACAAUUCCAGCUGCACUAAAGUUGUCGGCACCUUCACAACCAAAAGCAAAGGCUAUACGGACAUUGUCAAGAUUCCUGAAGGAGCUACUCAUAUAAAAGUGAGGCAAUACAAGGCCAAAGAUCAGACUAAGUUUACGGCUUACUUGGCUCUGAAGAAGAAGACGGGGGAAUACAUCAUUAAUGGAAAAUACAUGAUAUCCACUUCUGAAACCAUCAUUGAGAUGAAUGGAUUUGCCAUGAACUACAGUGGUUGGAGCCAUGCAGAUGACUCGAUCCACAGCAUGGGGCACUCAUCCACAAAGGAGGUGCUAAUCGUCCAGAUUCUUGCCACGGAUUUUAGUAAACCUAUCGAUGUUCGUUACAGUUUCUUUGUACCUGGGAAACAAAGUUCAAGUGCAAACAGCAUUAACAAUAAUGUUGUUCUGCAAAGUUCUGAGCCAGAGUGGGUGACUGGCCCUUGGCUUUCUUGUUCUAGAACAUGUGACACUGGUUGGCACACCAGAACUGUCCAAUGCCAAGAUGGACAAGGGAAAUUAGCUAAAGGGUGUCUUCUUUCUCAAAGACCAUCAGCAUUUAAGCAGUGCUUGCUCAAAAAGUGUUAGCCAAAGGAUAAAACAUUGUCUUAAACGACACAGGAUUUACUGCUGUGUAAAAGUAGGUCCAUCAAGACAGAUGUUGGCUUAGGCUUUGUUUGCGCUGUACCAAGACAACUUAAGGGCUGUACAGCAUUUGGGCCAGAGACAUUCUUUGAAACAAUCCAUGGGCUUGUCAACAAACCUUGAACGUCAAGAGGAAUGUCUGAAGAAACCACAACCUGUAGGUGAUAAGAUUGAUUCAGUCUUCGCUAUUGUCUCCUUUGCGUCACCUACCUCUAGAGAAGAAAGCCUUAAGGAACAUCUGCUAACUUAUACUUGUGGACGGCAUGUAGUAGGUUACGUUUGUGGUGUUUUUGUACAUAUGUGUCAUUUUAUGUGUCACUUUAUAUAUCACUUGCUUCUUAAGUUAAGCACAGUGAUUGACCAAAGUAGAUCUGCAGCUGCUUUAAUGAUCAUUGGUUUCUGAAAACAGCUGUGGGUAGUUACUGGAGAAAAGAGCUUGUUGUUGUUUUUCAUCAGUCCUGAUUUUUAGUUUUUGUCAUUUUGUUUUGUUUGUUUGUUUUUCUUUUGCUGACAAGCCGACAUAUUGUGACAUCAGAUUUUCAUUUUAGAAAGUGUGAUCUUUCAACAGCAUUUGUUUACAAAUGUUAAGAGCCUACCAAAAUGUAAGGUACAGACAUCUGUUUCAGUCGAAACUGCAAAUUUAAAGGGCAUUGGCGUAUCAAUUUCAAAACGAAAAGUUGUCCAAAAAAGUUUUUUGGCAUUCUCUUUAGCUGGACCAACUUUUAAAAAAAAUAUUUGAAAAGGUUUUUUUUCUGAGUGAUAAUGACGAGGUGGGACAAAAAAAAUGCCAUGCUGUUCCUUCUUCUGCAAGUAAAUCGCGUAAGUGUUUUAAAUGAGCCAUGUUAAGUUCGGGUCAAAAAGCAGUCCUGUGUUUUCACAGAUUACAGUGAAUAAGGGUUGCUAUUUCUGUUCAACAGUCCAUUAGUCUAAUCUCUUUUAAAGGCAGAACAAUCAUUAUAAUUAAGCUCUCUAAGCAUAUUGUGUAUUUUGCCAAGUAAUCAUCUUAUAAUUAACAAAAGGUGCUUUCAAUUACUUGGAGAAGUAUACAUAUAAAUAGAAAAAUAUUGUAUAGAAAAAUUGUGAAAAAUGGAAUGUUAAAAUAUUUUAUUCCGUUUAUGUAGUCUGGGUUCCUGAAGAGGUUGGAAGUAUCAGGGGAUCUGAUUUACAAUAACAUGCACUCCAUCCAUGAGUGUUGUUUCUGUAUUGCAUCUUGUUACUUUUAUAGCAAUACCAUUAUGUAUUUUAAUUUUUCUCUGCAACUCUGCCCACGAGGAGCAUGCUCAGGGGCACUAAAAUGGAUUCCCCUAGAGUAAACCCACCUGAUUUAAAUAAGACACAAUUUUGGAAAGAAAAUUAACGAUAGCUUAUUUUGCCAAAGCCCUCUGUAGCUAUUUUGCAACAGAGGAAAUUCUGGGGGAGAUGUAUCAAACCAUGGAUAGAGAUAAUGUGGAGAGAGAUAAAGUUCCAGUCAUCAGCUUCUGUAAUUUUUCAAAAACAGCCUGUAAAAUGACAACUGGAAGCUGAUUGGUUGGGUCCUUUAUCUCUCAAAUACUUGAAACAUUUCCCCCGAUGCAAUACGAAAAAAUGCAGCACAGCAAUCAUGUUUCAAUUAAUUUAAUGACACUAUGCCAAAAUCUGAUGCUGAACUUUCAGAAAGGAUUAUGUUUAGAAGACAAAUAUACUCAGGUGAUCAGUAUAUGGUUAUCUGAGAUAAACACUGCCUAAAAAAAUAUAUUAAAUAAAUGUAAAAAAAACUUUAUUUCAAGCAUUAUUCAACAGAAAUAAACUUUUGUACACACACAAAAAAACAACAACUUCCUGAUCUUAAACGUAUCGAUUGUGUACUUAGACGCAUUAAUAAUUCUGGAAGACGUCUGAUAUUCUCUACAUAACAUUGCAAGAAAUCAAUACUUGGAAUUUGUGAAUGUCGGCAAACGCUAUAUAAAGUGUUCUCAAUAGUAUCAUUAGCUGCAAUGACAAGGACAUUGUUCUGUGGCUUGGGGGAGUUCAGUUACCAAAGACUUAUAAAAAGACUGCUGCAUCACAGUAAGUUAAAUAGAAAAUACGUCUUGACCUCUCAAAUAACGAGCGUGCAGUUUUCCUCAGUCCCUCUGUGGAAUUAACCUAAUUUGAAAAAAUAAAAUAAAUGGACACAAAUAUUUGAAAAAAUGUUGUUAAUAAAGGACUUUAACAUAAUGAAUCAAACUAAACUGGCUCUGAAAAAUGUGUCUAUCGCUCUACUACAAUUCAUUUUGGUCUGCAUAUUUAGAAUUAUUCAUGAAACAGCAGAAUUUUUCACAAUCCAAGCACCUAUUUCCCUGCUUAGCCAACAUUUUGUCAGGCACAAGGUGUAAGCAAAAAGAGAAUCGCUGACCUCUUGCAGCAAUGAUUUAAAAUGCUUUUUAUAACGAGUAUCAGAUGAUUGCAAAUUUGCACAUCAAAAUGAGCAAAUUAGCCUUAUUUGAAUGUAUUUCAACCUAAUUUAUUGCUAGAGAUGAGCAGUUGCUGUGAAAUUCAGUGUGAAAUAAGUUUUGCCAUGGAACAGGGCAUUUUGCAGAGGAUCAAUGAUCUAGGUUUACCAUCUAUGAGUCCUGCAUUUGUUUUGUCAAUCUGAAAAAUAUUGUUCUGCGCUAUUCUUGUAAUUUCACAUUUCCCUGAAUUUAUAGUGUAUGAAUAGAGAUUAUACUGCACGACAGCAGGCGUUUAGUUCUGCUGCGUGGUCUGGGAAGACUUGAGGUUAAAUUGCAGCGGUGAAAUGCGUAAAAAAAAAACAACCAUAAAAAAGACAAAUAUUUCACAAGGCAGUCUUGAAAAUGUUGCUACUCUAACAAUUGUUUUUGGCUCUAAAUCUUCUUUAGUUGCAAUGCAGCACUGAAAAAUACAAAAAAGGAAAAAAAAAUAUUUAUUGUUUGUACAACUGGUGUGUGAAAAUACAUAUGUAAUGAUUUUAUUUAUUUUUUUAUUUAAAAACAAAAAAAUACCUAUUGUAUAAAUUUUUCUGUAUUUAACGUUUUACUCUUGUCCUUUUAUAUGUUUUUCCCCCCUUAUUUAUGCUUCUUGUGUGUUGAUUAUAGUAUACGUUGUGAGUUUACAUGAUGUCUUAGCGCCGGUUGCUUUUCUAUGUUUUACAGAAAGCUUUCAGUAUAAAAUAAAUGUAUAUAUACAUAUACUGUACAUAUUAUAAAUAUAUAUUCUCUUAAUAGAACUAUAUUCUGACACCAGCUUGUUUUGCCUUUCAAAGAAAGUAUAAAAACUAGCUAUUUUUUUUUCUUAACGACAGGCAAUGGUCUACACACACUGCUGAACAAAAUGUACUUAUGUAGUCUUAUGAAAUUCAGGUCAAACUAAGUUCAGUUGAUAUAAACUACACUUAGAAAACGUUCUUAAGACAGUACUGUUCAAAGAAAACUUUUCAUAGUCUAAUUCCUAAACUAUUUUCUAGCUACACCCUACAGAAAAUAUGCAAAUGAGUAAUGCGGCCCAGGGUAAGAUUCCUCCGCGAAAUACCAUUUAAUGGUCAUGUGCUAUGUAAAAUUAAAUGUAAUUGAAAAUCAUUAUGCAUUUAAUAAAAAAAACAAAAAAAACCUACACAUAACUCUGUUUGAUUUAGUAUUUUGCUGGGCUGCUCCUCUAUGUUAUUAAAUACACAACACUCAUCUCCUGACAUACUCUGUGCUGCUGGGGACCACUAUAUAAGACUGGGUACACACCUAACCAACAUGUCGGAGCCCCCCCCCCACACACACACACUUUCUUUUAUUGCCACAAAUUGUUCUACACCCACUCAAAGCAAUACUGGGGACUCUGUUAAAUUAAGAAUGAUAGCAAAUAGGAACCCUAUAGGGAAAAUGAAGGUGUUGCCCAUACCAUCCAAUCAAAUUCUAGCCAUCAGUUUCAGGAAUAUAAUAGAUGAAUGAUCACUAGAAUCGGUAUUAGCAACACCUCCUCUCUUCUGUUUUUAGACGUUUUAGCAAAUCUGUCUAAUACCCUCACAUUUUUUUAAAUAGAUAUUAAAGAGGUGGAGCAUUAAAAAAAAUAUAUAUAUAUAAAAAAUUUAAUUUUUCUUCUGAAAUUAAAAUUGUUGUGUUUAAUAAUGUAUUUAACUAUACACAAUGUAUUAAAAACUGACUUUUGAUCGAUCCAUUAAUGAGUUUGAGAAGACUAUUUUUGUUACCUACUGAAUAUUAUUUGAAUGUGAUCUCGAAACACUAAACUCAUGCAAGUUUUUACAACUCCAGAGUCCUUUUAGGUGUUAAAAAUAUCUCCCAAAUUGUUUUAUUGAAAAGUACUUCACAUCUUAACAUAAGAGAAAUAGUCUGACCUUUCAGUAACUAAUGCAUUUUAAGUGUUUUAUUCUUUUGACUAUAUAAUAGUCUAGUCUAACCUUUGAACAUAAAAACGACUUAAAGUUUCAUUCCCGUUAUUCACCUUGACAAAUAAUUUUACAGAGAGAAGAUACGUUGUGUGAUCGCUAAUCAUUUUAGAAGUUUAUGUGUGCUACAGUAAAUCGAUCUCUGCACUAGUAGAUCUGGUAAAAGACUGUAUAAAAUAUAAGGAUUUAACAUCUUUAUAUCUUAUAAAAUAUAGGUACUGUAAACUGUACCCAGAAAAACCUUGCCAAAUGUAUAUAUUUUUUCAUUACAGUAAAGCAAAGAUUAGAGUAAAUACAUUUUAUGAAUAUAGUAUAUGGAUGAAUUCAACAGUAUUAGAAUAUAUGCUUCAUUACGAGUCUGUUACACCCUUAGUGUAAUACAAAUCCAAGCAAUCUAAACUUGCCCAAACGAGAACAGGUCUAGUUGCCCUGUUUGAGAAUUGGGAAACCACGUAGGUGACCAAAUUGACAAAUACCCCUCUGGACUGCACUAGCUAAGUUUGAUAAAGUCUAGGGAUGGACAUACAUCAUCGAUGUUUAGCAAUCAUUGAUGAUUUGCUUCCAGUGGUCAAUGUUUUUUAUUGAUUGUGGAGUUCCAAUGUUUUUUACGGUAUUGAUGGCUGAGUUCUGGUGGUGACGUAGUGAUGUUUUUUUUUCUUUCUCGGUAGCAAGUCGCUUAUCCGGCCCUUACCCCACUCUUCACCUCUGAUUGCCAAACUGCAUGUGUGCACUUAAAUCAUUAACCAAUUUAUGUCCCUCCUUAGCAAAGUCUAUGAAACUUGGGGAGCUGCCUUCAUAAAUGGGGGCAUGCUUGUGUACACAAAGCGUUGUGCACAGUUGUGUCUUCCUUGGUUACUUUUAGUUCCCUUGCCUUAUCUUGUCUUGUAUGAACUAAAAGGUAAGAACUUUAGUGUUUCUUUGAAAAAGAACGAUAUAAGACGAUAUCCUUGCCCCCGAGGAGUUUACAGUUUCUUUACUUACAGGAAAAUAAACAUAAUAGAAUUGUAAUUUUAUCUAAAAACAAAAUUAUUUUUGACAGAUAUAUGGCAUUAUAUUUGUAUUAUACAAGCACAGAUGAACAAAGAAAGAGGUUAAUUUGUAAUUGCCUGAUAAUGUGUGCUCACAGAUUCUGCACUAAGUUCUGUUUGGAGCUCUUCCUUUUCCCUAGAAUAGUAUAUGUUACAGUAAUAUUAUCUGUGUGUACCAUCUGAAACCUCCAAUUCUAUAGUAUGUUUAGCAAAUAAAUUUAAAGUUCUACAAAAUGGUAUAUUGCUAAUGAAAAUCAGUGGCCAGCGUAUGUAUUUUUAUUAUAAAUUAUAUAGCUGAUGUUUCUUCCCAAGACAGUUAUAUUGGUAGCAAAAUUAGAUUAAAGAAAUAUAUACUUUUCUAUUUGAUGUAGUUUUACAAUCAUGUACGUAAAUUAGGCUGAUAUUGUAACAUAAGCCAAAGAUCAAUAUAUAAGUUUACCUUAUAAUUAUAUUUUAUUAAAAUAGCAUAUAUUCCUCACCAUUCAAUGCACUCAUUUGCGUAUUUGCCAAAUUUCCCAUUAAUUUAUCAUUUAUACAGUAUAUGUGUGGACAAAUAUAUGGGUUGGGUAUGGGAUCCUGUCAGUCAGGAUGCUGAUGGUCAAAAUAUCGACAGCAGGAUCCCAACUGUCAUAAUUCUGGCACAUUUUGGUAAACACUGUAACCCUUCCCCCAUCCCUAACCCUAUCCAACCCCUCCUGCAGCCAAACCCUAA